AUGACAAUAGUUAUUAUGUCAACAAAACGUUCAUAUCGUACAAAACCAAGUACAUUCUUUAUGUUAUUAUCCGCAAUAGCAGGAUGUAUUCAUUUAAUAAAUGCUACAUUAGCACGUAUUCUUACAACAGGUUUCGAUAUUGAUUUAACACGUACAUCAAGUGUAUUAUGUAAAUUACGUCAAUUUGUUUAUAUGAUAGUUCCUGGUUUUGCUAUAACCUGUGACUGGUUAUCAACCAUAAAUCAAUUUUUAGUUACAUCUCGUAGUGUUCGUCUUCGUCGGUUAAGUAAUAUGAAAUUGGCUUAUCGUACAAUUACUAUCGUUAUCAUUUUUUGGAUCGUUCCUGGUAUACCAACACUCAUAUUCGCCAAUAUAAAAUCUGGCACAUGUAUGAUUGAUAAUUUUAUUUUACAAAUUUAUUAUGUUUAUGUUAAUACUUGGUCUUUUUAUACAACAAUUCCAAUUAUUAUUUUAAUCAUAUUUGGUAUACUUGCUUAUCGAAAUAUGCGUUUAUUAGUAAAUGUUCGUCAGUUACGUGGUAUAGAUCGACAAUUAACUUUUAUGGUUUGUGCUCAAGUAUUGUUGAUUGUUAUUGGAAUUGCUCCAUAUGCACUCUUUAAUAUUUAUUCAAUAAGUACUGCUCAAUGGAAUAAAGAUAUUGAACAAAAAAAUAAAGAGAAUUUUGUUAUAAAUAUGAUUGCUCUUAUUGGUACGAUUGAGUUUGGAGCAAGUUUUUAUUUAUUUAUCAUUAUAUCAAGUUCUUUUCGUCAACAAGUUAAACAAUAUCUUUGUUGUUGUUGGCCACAAACAAAUAUUGUACAACCCAUAGAUAUGAAUGUUCUACCAAUAAAUUAA